AUGGCAUGUGGGAACGCAAGACUCUCUCCAGCAAAUUCUCUUGUUUUAGGGACCAUCCAGAUUAUGAUUGGCAUCUUUGAAGUUUUCAUGUGGUAUUACCUGUUGGUUUUGUAUAUGGGACAAAUUAAAGGAGUCUUUGGAAAAUAUGAACCUUUAACUUAUAAAACAGGAUGUGCUUUAUGGGGAAUUUUUCCUAUCACUUCAGGAGCUAUAGUAAUAAGAGCAACAAAGUAUCACACUCAAAACCUGAUUUCAAGUGCUUUGUUCCUUAAUAUCUUCUGUAUAAUUACCACAAUUAUUGCAAUAGUUCUAACAGCAAUUGAGUUGGCUUCUUUUAAAUCUGUGUCAUAUAGGAAUUAUGGACAAGCGAAACUUGGAAGGGAAGUUUCACGAGUUUUAAUACCUUUCUACAUCUUGGAAAUUGUUAUUGCACUUAUGUAUACAAUAUACACCUGCUUAAAUUUGGGUCAAACACAUGAAGAAUCUCUUACAUCUGUUGUUGAGGAAGAUGAUUUACCAAAUGUUUAG